ACGCAGAGUGGCCAUUACAGACAUUCGGGUUAAAUUACUCCAGACAGAAGCUAUGGAAAUGUGGACAAAACUGCAGAAUUUUGCGGCGCUAUGUGUUUUGCUUGUGGCAUUUUAUCGGCCAGCGAUAGGAGAAUCCGCCUUUCCUCUUAAUGUGGCUGGCGACGAGGAAUACAUCUUAAACGACAACUACGAUGUGCAAGCCGUGAAUCAUGACGGACAGUGUGUGUGUCGCAUUGACGCCCCGGCGCCAGGCCUGUGCUCCGACAACAGCCAGUUCCAGGAGCUAAAAUACCUCAGCCACAAGGUGGGAAACUUGAGUAAAAUUGUGAACGAAAUGAUCAGCGGGCAAUUCAUACAACGUUUCGCUCGCAUGAAGCAGAAAUUUGAAGAAAUGCAAUCAACAGCCGGCUUCAUAAUUCAUGGCUAUGACUUGCGCAACAUGCGAGAUGAAAUAGACCUGCUGUCGAAUCUCAUGGAAGCUAUAGCGCACAAUGAUACGGAUGCUGAGAGGGUAGAGGAUUUGCACGCGCAAGUUCAGAACCUGUCGACAUAUAUAGAUAGCGUAAAACUUUUGUACUCAAAUGAAGAUUCCCUGAAGAAGGAGUUAGCAGAUCUAGAUUCAAGAUUAGGUUCUUGCAAGGAGCAAUACGCAUUCCACGUCACUGAAAGCAGCCAAUCGGACCUCGUGCCAGAUUUCUUUCACGGAGCCCAUAAUAUUUCGGUGCCAGUAAACUGUGGAAAAGAAAAGCUAUCAUCCAUCUCCGAGCCGUGGACGCAUAGGUGGAUGGGAACUGCCGCAGCGAAUAACUACGGAGCUUGGUUCAAAGACCCGCUGCCAGCACCGGGCAGCGAGAACAAAAUCUACUACGUCUCAAAUCCCACUAAUCAGAAGUCGCUGUACGAGUACGCAAACUACAAGGACUUUAUAUCGAACCGGCGCCGCCUGGUGCAUACGCUCACGCACGCGUACGGCGGAACGGGCUUUGCCGUCUACAAUAACUCCUUUUACUACUCGAGCUACAAUUCGCAAGUGAUCAAUCGCUACGACCUCACAACGAAGAAAACCCUUGCGCGGCGCACCCUCACUAAUGCGGGCAAGCAGAACACGUACCCGUACAGUGUCAACCAGUUCACGGACAUCGAUCUAGAAGUGGACGAAGUCGGCAUGUGGGCCGUCUACUCGACGGCGGAGAAUCAAGGUGCGAUCGUUAUCACUCAGUUGGAUCCCGUGACCUUAGCCCUCAAGCGAACGUGGAAUACGGAUACGAGCAGGCUCAAGAAGUCCGUCGGCAAUGCGUUCUUCAUCUGCGGGGUGAUGUACGCGACCAGCAGUCAUAACACGCGGGACAACAACGUCUUCUACGCCUUCGACACGAAUACGUCGACAGAGGAGUACGUCUCGAUCCCCAUGUCGAUCAAGUACCAACUGAUGAGUCAACUGUCGUAUAAUUACAGGGAGAAGGUCUUGUUUGGAUACGACUAUGGACACAUGAUCUCUUACCCGCUCAAAUUUGCGUCGCAGCCCGGGGCUGGUUCGGAAAUUCCAGUGGCCGACUAGAAUGACAAUGAACGCCUAGCUCUCACGCAGUAGACGAGUUAUUUCUCUUUCUUCGGAAUAGUUCGUUGAAAUGUUCACAAACAUUUCAUUGAAUUUCAUGACAAUAUAUAGGAGAGAAUUUGUUUUAUGAUGAAUCGAUUUAUCCUUUAAAAUACAUUAGAUAGAUAACGUUACAACAUAAAGAACGUUAAAUAAAUGAAUUUGUAUCAUAAA